GAAGCCGGGCGAGCGAUGCUCCUUCCAUCUCGCAGAGAAAAGCAGAAAGGUACGUGAAUGCCGUGUGCUGAGAAACUGUGUCAGCUUCCCUCGUAAUUAAGAGUCUGGCAGGGACCAGCACGACAGUCGGUGUGGAGAUGACACUUCCAGUCUGGAGCUAACAGAAGGUUUUGCAGCCAGCCCCAUCCUGGGGAAGUGGGGAGCUUGUCGUGAGGAUUGACUGUGCUGGCCUGGUGUCAGCGGGCUGGGCGGCUGCCCUUGCCAGAGGAGCGGGAAGAUGAGCGGAGGCACAGACCAUCUCCUGGCAGCUCUCUUCAUGGCAGGGGUGGCAUCAGCCAUGGGCUACCCAUCUACCACUGACCUGGAUGCCACCCCCAGGACAACGGUCACCUUUGAUGAGCUGUCAGGUGUCCGGUUCUUCAGCAUGCACACCCUCAACUACAGCACCCUGCUGCUGGAGGAUGACCAGGGAAUUCUCUAUGUGGGUGCCAGGGGAGCCAUCUUCGCCCUCAACUCCAGUGACGUGGCUGACGGCUCCCACCGAACGAUCCACUGGGAAGCCUCCCCAGAGAAGCGGAUGGACUGCCUGCAGAAGGGCAAAAACAACAAGACGGAGUGCUUCAACCACGUGCGGUUCCUGCAGAGGCUGAACAGCACUCACCUCUACGCCUGUGGCACCUACGCCUUCCACCCGCUCUGUGCUGCCAUUGAUGCCAACAGGUUCGAGUUGCCAUCCCACUUUGAGGAAGGCAAGGAGAAGUGCCCAUAUGACCCUGCCCGUGGCUACACUGGCCUCAUUGUGGAUGGCGGCUUGUACACAGCCACGCGCUACGAAUUCCGGAGCCUGCCUGACAUCCGGAGAAACCUGCACCAGCGGCCGCUGAAGACAGAGGAGUCUCCAUUACACUGGCUGAAUGAUGCUGAGUUUGUGGCCUCUGUGCUGGUCCAGGAGAGCAAAGACAGCCCCGUGGGUGAUGAUGACAAAAUCUACUACUUCUUCACCGAGCGGGCGGGUGAGGAGACCACAUCCUUCUAUGACAAGAGCCAGGUGGCCCGCGUGGCCCGUGUGGCCCGUGUCUGCAAGAGUGACGUAGGGGGGAAGAAGAUCCUGCAGCGCAAGUGGACGUCGUUCAUGAAGGCACGCCUGGUCUGCUACAUCCCCUACUACGAGGUGCUGCGCAGCGUCGGCAGCCUGGAUGCAGGCAACUGGGCCAGCACUGUCUUUUACGCUGCCUUCACGCUCUCGGCACAGUGGAGGACCAUGGAGGCCUCAGCCGUGUGCCGCUACAGCAUCUCGGCCGUGCAGCAUGCCUUUGAGGGCCCGUACAUGGAGUACCAGGACUCGGCUCGCAAGUGGUCCCGCUAUGAUGGAGCGGUGCCUGAGCCCCGGCCCGGCUCUUGCAUCACGGACCACUCCCGCAGGAAGGGCUACAACUCCUCUCAGGACCUGCCUAACAGCGUCCUGGACUUCGUCAAGCUGCAUCCGCUCAUGUUUGAGGAGGUGAAGCCGGCCGGCGGGGAGCCACUGCUGGUGAAGAAGAACGUGGCAUACAGCCAGCUGGCCGUGGACAGGGUGCAGGCCCUCGAUGGCCACUACUACGAUGUGCUCUUCAUGGGGACAGGGGAUGGUUGGAUCCACAAGGCUGUGGUGGUGGGCUCUGGUAUCCACAUCGUGGACGAGGUGCAGGUUUUCAGGGACCCACAGCCUGUGGAGAGCCUGGUGAUCUCCCAUGUCCAGAGAAGCCUGUAUGUGGGGGCAGCCAGUGGGAUCAUGCAGGUGCCCCUGGCCUCCUGUGCCCGCUAUGCCUCGUGCUAUGACUGCAUCCUUGCCCGGGACCCCUACUGCGCCUGGGAUGGCAGGGCCUGCCGCCCCACCGCCACCACCGCCAGCGCAGGGCUGGUGCAGGACAUUCAGAGUGGCAACAAAGGAUGCCGGAGCAGCUCCGGGCGGGGCUUCCCAACAUGGAAGAACAGGACUGUGCUGCAAGGGGACGAUGUGCUGCUGCCCUGCGACCAGCGUUCCAACCUGGCGCGAGCCGUCUGGCUGCUGAACGGCAGCCAGGUGCCAGGUGCCGGGCAGGACCGGCUGCGGGUGGGGGUGGAUGGGCUGCUGGUGACAGACACGCUGCCCCAGCACAGCGGCGAGUACCGCUGCUACAGUGAGGAGCGGGGUCUCCGCACGCUGCUGGCUGCCUACAGCCUCUCCGUGCUGCCCGAGCUGCCCCGUGGCCCCACGGCCGCCGCACGGCCCCAUGCUGCCAGCCAGACAGAUGGUGACGUGAAAGUGGCUUACGUCUCUGCCAUCGUCGCCUUGGUGGUGCUGUGUGCUGUGCUCAGCGCCGUCCUCCUCUACAUGUCCUGCCUGGAGAAGCGCAAGGGCAAGUAUGUGCUGGGGGAGCCACGGCCUGCCAGCGUGGAACUGCAGACUGUCUCGGCCAACUGCCUGCGCAAGGGCCGCCGAGAGGAGGAGGAGGAGGAAGAGCUCACCUAUCCAGAUGGCUGCCUGCGGAUCAUCCCUGGCGAGGCACCCACAGCACCGACCUCCCCAGUCAAGGAGCUGCCGACUGUUGUGCCCCCGCUGCCGCCGCCGCCGCCGCUGCCAGCUGAGCUCACCAACGGCGUGGGGGCUCUGCCCAAUGUCCUCCGCAAGAUGAAUGGCAACAGCUACAUGCUGCUGCAGCAGCAGGAGGAGCCGCUGGCCUCGCCCCUCUACAGCGCUUCCUUCACCGAGGAGCUCAGCAAGAUCCUCGAGAAGCGGAAACACACGCAGCUGGUGGAGAAGCUGGACGAGAGCUCCGUGUAGGGGCCGGCAGGGGGGUCCUGCCAACAGGACCCUCCUCCUCACCAGCCCCUUCUCCCACCCCCUUUCAGCAGUGUUCAAAAACUUGGGCAAAACUACCUCCUUGGAUGGCAGAGCCGGGCCGGGCCUAGGCUCAGUCAUUUCUUUGGCUUUUCACUCACUUUUGAGACUCACUGUACAGAGGAAAAAAAAAAGGAAUCUAUUUAAAUUUGGGAGCUCUAUUUAUGUAUAAAACCCCACUGACGGCAGCCAUGAGCUGGAGGCAGGAGCUGGUGCCUGGCUGAAAGGGGACCCUGGGGGGAGGGAGAGUUUCUGUCUGUCUGUCCACCCAGGCAUGAGAGACACUGUUGUGGAUGCAUGGACUUGGCCUGCACUGCUGGGCACCCCUCAGCACAUGGAAGCUGGAAGACUACUGAGAGGUGGGUGAGGAGCAGGGGGGAGUUGGGGGCUGCCAUAUAGUGCCUGCACCUCUUCAGGUCUUCAGGGUGCAGGCUCCCUUUGGGAGGUGGGGCUGGGGGAUUUCCUCCAGUGUCCUGGUUUGGGCCUUGAUAAAGCCAAGUUUUACAUUUUUAGUAGCUAGAAUAGCUACCAUGACAAUCAUGAGUGCUGCCCACUGCCGGGCAGGAGAGGGGCUGUGGACACAUCCUGCAAUUGCAAGAUGUGACCUCAGUGGCUGCCAGCCCCUGCCCGCUCUCCUUCAUCUGCCUCUCUAGGGUUUCAGAGCCAGAAGAGGAUGAUUCAGCGAGGGACAGAGCUGGGGUGAGAAGCUGACAUCCCAAACACCCCCUGAGCAGCUGGUGGAGUGGCACAUGCCCACUGUGAGGAGGCCCCAGGUGAAGCACAGGGCUGGGUGUCCUGGGAGUUGGUACUCCCAGGGCCUCGGACCCUAAAAGGAUUCUGCUCCCUCUUCCCAAGGUGCUGCAGCAGAAGAGCAGGAUGCAGCAGCAAGGCAGCAAGAUGCACUGGCAGAAGGACUGGUGCCACUGCCAUGGCAAGGGACCAGUGUAGCACCUGUAUACCUUCUGAUAUCCAGUGUCCUCAACAGCCCUAGGCACCACAUAUUUCUGCUGUGUGGUGCCGUUGGAGAACUGGGGUUCGGGAACAGCCCUAGCCACUGUGAGACAUAUGGAAGGGGAAAUGGUCUCACACUGUGAGGAGCCCUGGACAGGGCCUUGCCUCCCUCUAGGACCUCCUGUUCUUCAUGGCACUUUAUGGGGGCAGCCACUGUCCCUUAAUUCCCCCCCAACUACCUCUGCUGCUGCCACCUCCUGGGGGAACCCAAGAGGCUGGGGUGACAAAAACAUCUCACGCCCUGGAGACAGGGUGGUGAUAAUGGAGAAGCCAGGAAGGGACAGACUUGCUGAGGUGCUUAUCUUUCCCUCUGUGCUCCUUGUUGCCACCUCCAAGAUCAGGACAGUGCCUGGAGCUGAACCCUGCAAGGGGAACCGGAGUGGCAGUCCCUGGGGUACCUGAUGGCUUAAGCCCUCCUGCCCCAGAUAAGCAAAGCUUAGUGGGAAAGGUAAGGGCCAGAUACCUGGGCUCUCCCAUCCUGCUCCAGCCCUUUGGUUUUGCUACAAGCAGAGACAAGCCAUGUGCAGGCACACCAUCCCUUCUCCAGGAGGGGCAUUGCCCUCCAUGUCUGGCACCCCUCACUCCCCCCCAGCAAUAAAGGUGGCUCUGUCUGAA